UCCUCUUUUUGGAUUCAUAUAGGUUAUUGCUUUCAAUGAUAAGCCUGUGAAGAAUUUGAAGGGCUUGGUCACCAUGGUUGAGAACUGUGAUGAUGAGUUUCUAAAGUUUGAUCUGGAAUACCAACAGGAUGUGACAGCAACUAAAAGAAAUGAAUUUGAGGAUUAUUUUUUGAAGCGAGAGUUGCUCAUGGGAAUAUAUGAGAAGGGUUUUGAAAGGCCUUCUCCUAUCCAAGAAGAAAGCAUUCCAAUUGCUCUUACUGGUAGUGACAUUCUUGCAAGGGCUAAAAAUGGGACAGGCAAAACAGCUGCAUUUUACAUUCCUGCAUUGGAAAAAAAUGACCAGAAAUAA